CGGGUGAAUGGUUAUUUAAAGAAGCGCACUCUGUUUUUCUUCGUACAUUACUUUUGUUCAUAAUGAAGUUUGUGAUUAUAUUAUUUGUUUUCUGCAUUGCUUUAGAAAUAAGUUCGUGCAGGCCCAGUCGGGAUGAAGAAGAGCUUGAGCAACUCCUGAGACGAGUUUUCAAAAACAAGGAUAAGCCAAAGGGCAAGAAAAACCCAUUAGAGGAGGAUUUAGAUCCCGAAUCUUCGUUUGAAAAUGACGCUGAAAGACAGACAGUCGACACAAAAAAGGGGAAGUUUAAGCCCAAAAACAUGCAUCCCAAGAAGAAGAAAGUUUUACUGAGUCAGAGUCUGGAUAACCAUCCGAAAAAAGCUAGCAUAGGAAUGCCUCCACCAGGAUCAGGAAAAGGUAAAGAUCUCUCCAAGAGAAAUUUUCAAUACAAUGGAUCGUUGUGGCCCAAUGGAAUUGUUCCUUACGUGAUUAAUACCAGCUCGUACACCACCACUGAUCAAACUAAGGUUCAGAACUUGGUACAAGAGGCAGCUAACAUCAUCCAGAGUCACUCUUGUGUGACGUGGAAGGUACGAGACAGUGAACAGUACUACGUUCGUAUUCAGAACGGAGGCGGAUGCAGCUCGUACAUUGGGAAUGUCCAGUUCUCUAACGGUUAUCAACCAUUAACUUUAAGUAGCGGGGGAUGUCUCUAUUUGGACACAGUGAUCCACGAAAUGCUUCACGCUAUGGGGGGUAGGCACGAGCAGAGUCGAAUAGAUAGGCCACAUUACAUAGAAAUCACGUGGAACAACAUCAUAAACGGAUAUGCAAACAAUUUUGAUGUAGCUGAUACAAAGGAUGAUGCCCCAUACGACCUGUCGUCCGUCAUGCAGUACGGUUUGUCGGCUUUUGGCGCUAGUGGAGAUACAAUGAAAAUGGCUGAUCCCGAUUUGGAAUACUUGAUCACUAAUGGCAAUAAAGGGUUAACUAUAUACGACAUUGCAGAAAUCAACGAAGCAUAUCAAUGCACAGCUGGUUGCAGCAUUACUUGUAACAAUGGCGGAGUAGUCCAGAAGCCCGGUGGUUCUGUCUGUAGUUGUGAAUGUCCAACUGGUCUUAAAGGAUCGACCUGCUCCCAGAUCGACUCCAGCGCUGGUUGUGGAGGAGUGAUUAACCUCGCUGCGGGUCAAAGUUCACAAAUAAACCUUCAGAAUUAUAAUACUGGACUCCAGUGUACAUGGUUGGUAAAGGGAGCGGCCGGAACCCGAAUUAAAGCAACAAUAAACAGCAUGGACCUACCGUUCAGCUCUCUGUACAACUGUUAUCAUUGGAUAGAAUUCAGAGACAAUCUGAUUGGACAAGCAGGAAAGGAAAAGUGCGGAAAUAAGGGAGGGUCACAGUUUGUUAAAAGCAUCGACGGAAAUCCGAGCGCAAUGAUGAUCAGAUUCGACAGCCAAAAACACAGCAGUAGGACCCCCGGGGCAGGAUUCUCACUCACAGUGGAGGCCUAUACCUCAGGGUGUAUUGACUACCCAUGUAAAAAUGGAGGCACGUGCGCAGAAACUGCAAACGGUGGAUAUGUAUGCACGUGUACCAACGGCUGGUCUGGCUCAACAUGUGAACACAUAGCAGCUGAUGCGGUCAAUAGCUGCUCGCUAAGUGAUGAUCUGUUUUCAUGUGCAUUCAAACAGGAUACAGCAAUGUCCAAUUUUAAAUGGAAAAUAACUGCCGAAUAUAAUGGAAACUAUGGUCUAGACCCAGCAUUGGUGUUAAGACCAUUGAUGUCCGGACGUUAUUACUAUAACUGGCAGUCGUUUUUAGUUACGACAGCUGAUUUUGAACCAAAUGACAGGUGCCUUAGUUUCAAGUAUAUUUUCCCCACGAACGACCCAACGACAUCGUUGCCGUCAAGGGUCUAUGUGUACAUGGAAGGCGAUGGGCUAAGCAAGAUAAAACUCGCAGAACUGACCACAGAGAGUGCCACAGAUGUAUGGCAAACUAAGGAGGUCCAAAUCAACUCCGUGAAUAAUCUGAAGUUGACAAUUGAGGGUGUUCUCGGUAAACAGAGGGUUGCUCUUGAUGAGAUCAUGAUCAAACCAGGCAGUUGUGGAACUUUGUUACCAUGCGUUGACUCAAAUCCAUGUCAAAAUGGCGGCACCUGUGUGCCAGUAGGAACUACCGCCACGUGUGUAUGCAACACCUGCAUGUAUACAGGAAGGUUCUGUCAAACAGCUGUAGGCCAUGUCUGCACGUUUGAGAGUUCGAGCUGCUUUCUGGUGGACUCCGCCAAUGAUAAUUUCGAUUGGACAAGACAGCAGUAUGGUACACCAUCUAAAUACACUGGGCCUGCCGGUGCCUAUGAGGGACAAUACUAUCUAUACACAGAAGGAUCAUAUCCCAGAGUACAAGGGGACAAAGCCAUCCUGGAGAGCAACCUAGUUUUUGAAGCUAAAACCUACUGCUUGAAAAUGCAAUAUUACAUGCGAGACGAACGGCCUACCAGCAUGGGGUCACUGUACGUCAAAACAAAGCAAGGAUCCAACCCCGCCGUUACCAGAUUCCAAAAGUCCGGACACCAAGGAUCUGAUUGGAAAAGCCUGCAACUCAAUCUGAGCUUAGAUUCGCAAACAAAAAUUAUCAUAGAGAGUGUUCGGGGAGCGAGUUGGGCCAGUGAUAUCGCCAUUGAUGACGUCAGAUUGAGUGGUUGUCCUUGUUAAUUACUGCAUUGCAUGCAGCCGUUGUGAAUUGCACACUCUCUCCUACGCAAACUAGGCCAUUUCCAAGUAUCAGAUGAAACGCUACAAACCUACAAACCUUUCUGUUUGAUAGGAAAUAAUGAAUGUUUUUUCUUACUUAUGUUGAUGAUUGGUAUCAAUAUUUGUUCUAACUAUUGAUCAUUUUUAUAGAUUUAAUUAUAUACAUUUCUUCUUUGUUUUUUCCUUUCUAUUCAUAAUAAAGUAAAAAU